AUAAAUAUCAUUUUUUUGAUUAAAAACGUACUAUUUAAUAAUAAUAAAAAACCCAUCUAAUAAUGAUGGCUUUUCACAAUUUUAAUAAGUUUAAGAUAAUGUAUAAAUAUCGGCAAUUCUCUGUUUUUAGAAAGACCAAUGAUAGGCCACUGUUACAAACACAGAAGCAUAUUAUUAAAAUUCCUGAGCGAUUUGAAUUUUGGGAAAGAGAUAGAAAAGGCGGCUAUAAUACAAAAAUUAAGACGGCACCUUUAGAAAACAUUAAGAAUGGAUUCAGAGAACUUAAAUAUGAGCUCAAGUUAUUCGCCAAUGAAGUUAAAGAUUACUUCACAAAAGAUCCCCUAUUACUAGCAAGACCUGGUGAAACUGACCUUUUGUGGUGCUUUAACAGUCCAGAGGUAUUGGAUAAGUUUGUAACCACAAGUGAUAGUGACCAUAAUGAAGGAUUCAGUAAUUGUAAAUUAGAAAUGAGUUCAGCUGGUCGAGCUCAAUUCCAUGGUUACCUGGACACUAGAAUUCCUAAAGACGGCCGUAUUAAAAAAUCUGGUUAUUGUUCCAUGCGAUCUAAAAGGAUUAGAAAAUCUUUCAAACGAGAUUCGACAUAUGACUGGAAUAUUUACAACACUCUAGUAAUUAAAGUAAGAGGAGACGGCAGAUCGUAUCUAUUAAAUAUUUCAUGUGAAGGAUAUUAUGAUUUGACAUGGCACGACAUAUACCAUUAUGUGCUAUACACUAGAGGUGGCCCAUAUUGGCAAAUAGCUAAGAUACCAUUUUCCAAAUUUGUACUUGGAGCCAAAGGACGACUUCAGGACAAGCAAACAAGAAUGAGAUUGGAUAGAAUCACUCAUUUUGGAAUCGCAUGUGGAGAUAGAUACGAUGGUGUUUUCAAUUUAGAAGUAGAGUAUAUAGGUUUAGAAUACGACCCUACACAUGACGAAGAAUUUGCAUAUGAAAUGUAUAAAACUGAAAAGUUUAUUGUUGGUGUGUGAGAUUAUCCUUAAAUAAAUUGUAUAUAGUAGAUAAUUAAAUAAAGUAUUACUAAGAAGAAA